UUAAAAUGUAACCUAUGGCUUUGAUUGCAUUCACAAUUUACCUGCCUUCCACCUACCACCACAGCCUUCACCUCCACUUUUACCCGCCAAGAGUCUUCCUGAUUGGCUGAGCCUGGAGAAAAGUGGGCCCCAGAGGCAUCCUGUGCAGCCUUCAUCACCUUUACAUUUACUACCAUCCCAACCUACUCUGACUGUCUGCUGACUGUUAGAGGGAUAUCCACCAAGCGCUCGCACUGAACAGCCAACAUGCUCAGAGUUUUAAGGAAGAAAAGUAUAGGACCAGGAAUCCUCAUGCCGGUGGUAGCCGUCCUCAUGGUUGUUUAUUUCUAUAUCAUUUGUACUGACUUCAGUACCAUCCGCCGCCAAUUACAUGUUAGAAAGGAUGGCAAUCGCACAAAGCCACCCAACACAAGUACCCCCUAUGUUUACUCCUGGCCAAGAUGCAAACAAAAUAUGUCUGCUGCCAACAUCACAGACUUUUCCUCACUUCCUGGUAAUAUACAAGACUUUCUGUACUAUCGGCACUGUCGACACUUCCCUAUGAUACUGGAUAUUCCUGAUAAAUGUGGAGGAGCUAGUGGAUCUGCAGAAGUCUUCCUUCUACUGGUCAUUAAAAGCCCCCCUGCCAACCAUGACCGCCGAGAGAUGCUGCGCAAAACCUGGGCUAAAGAGCGGAAGCAAAAUGGCGUGCGGAUCCAAAGGAUCUUCAUCUCAGGAGUGACAAAUGAUGGUUUUGAGAAAUGGAGACUGAACAAAGUCCUCGAGCUGGAGCAACGCGAAUAUAAUGACAUCCUCCAAUGGGACUUCAAUGACUCAUUCUACAACCUGACUUUGAAGCAGAUGCUCUUCCUGGAAUGGAUGGAAAGAAACUGUCCACAUGUUCACUUCCUGUUUAAUGGUGAUGAUGACGUCUUUGCCCACACGGACAACAUGGUUGAGUAUCUCCAAAGCCUCAAGGACAAUAAUGGAGACAAGCACCUCUUUACCGGCCAUGUGAUCCAGGGUGUUGGGCCUAUUCGAUUGCCUGAGAGUAAGUAUUAUAUUCCAGUUCAGGUGGAGGAAUCAGAGGAUUAUCCUCCCUACUGUGGUGGUGCGGGCUACCUCUUAUCUGGCUACACAGCUUUGGUCAUAUACAGUAUGUCCCACGACAUCAUUUUGCUUCCCAUUGAUGAUGUUUACAUGGGAAAAUGCCUGGCUAAAGCAGGACUUGGUCCUAGUUCCCACAUGGGGGUGAGGACAGCAGGACUAUACAUCCCCACCAGUUACACAGAUAGAUUUGACCCUUGCUUUUAUCGAGACGUUCUACUUGUUCACAGAUUUGUUUCAGCGGAAAUGUAUGUUAUGUGGCACAGAGUGAAUGACCCCUUUCUGAAAUGCCACAACAGAACUGUAGUUUCAGGGAAACUUUGAAAUCAUAUAAACAUCUACAGAAAGAAUUAUGCUUGUCUGGGAUGGAUUUCUCUAGUUUUCUUCAGAUACAACACUACUUAAAGAAACAUGCAGAUUGGGAGCAGAUAUGUAAACGACCUUGUAAUUCAGAAAGGCUCUUCCUGCUGACUAUGGACAAGGUGAUAAACAAGAAUCUGAUAAUUCGCUUAUACAGAGGACUUCAUGAGUACAUAACAGGAAACACUAUGGAAACACUAUGGAAACAAAACAGAAAUGGGAAUUGGAAGUGAACAUUAUUAUUAUUACAUAUGCAAGUGUGUUUGUGAUUGUGUAUAUGUGCAUAUAUUGUGAUACAGUGACAUUUGAUUAAGGUUUUUAUUUUUUUCUUCUGACUUUACACAACUUCUGGACUGGCAUAUAUGUGUCUGUUUAAACAUGUGGGUGAUUGCAUAUUGGAAUUAGGUAUUUUGGGUGCCUGUGUCCAUGUUGCCUCUGUGAACACAAUAUGAACAAGACAGGUCGAUGCAAAGUUUACAUUUGUCAUGUGAUACAUCAUAUUUGUUUCUUUGCCCCUGCUUCUAUUGACCUUGUACUAAGCGUCAGUUCUUGCCAUCAUUAGUGCUUCUGUGUGUGUAUAUAUAAAAGUCAAGUAAAAAAACUGUAUAUUACAGUGUUGUCAGAACUUGUUGUCAAUAAUAUUGAAUCAGUGGCAGCUUUAGUAGCUACGGAAGCGCGUUGCAUUCACUGAAUAAAUAAGAAAAUCAACAUGUCGUAAUUACGAGAUAAGAUCAGAUCAGAUAAUUUCAGAUAAGAUCUCGUAAUUGCGACUUAUCUCAAUGCGCUUCCAUAGUCUACAGAUAUAAUGCUUUUAUUCUGAAAGUACCGGCCUUGUGUUUCUCGGUGGACUCACUUUACAAAUCAGCUUACGUUAACGUUGUAACAGUAUCAGCGAAAGGCCUUAUUGUAGUAUGACAUCAGGAUCUCGUUAUUACGAGAUCUUGUUUCAUAAUUACGAGAUAAUGUGUCAGUUUUUUUAUUUAUUUAGUGAAUGCAGUGGGCUUCUAUAUGUUGCUACAAAAAUGUUAAUUUUUUUUAAAUCAAAAUUUAUUUCCAUCCAUAAAUAGUGCCAUUCAAGCAUAGCCUACAUAAGAAAAAUAAAUUACUUUGAAUUACAGCACACUGAUCAAACUUGCAUUGACUGAAAAUGUACCUCACCAAAAGUAUGUUUAGAGUUUAAAUUAUUAAAGGUCCAGUAUGUAAGAUUUAGGGGGAUUUAGCAGCAUCUAGCACUGAGAAUUGCAGAUUGUAACCAGCUGAAACUUCUCCUGGUCAGAAUUCCCUCAGUGUUUAUUGUUUUGGGGAUGUUUUCUCUUCCUCUCCAAACAAACAGACCAGGUGACUAAAACCGGUUAAAAUGCCAAAUAAAGCAGUUUUGUGUUACAUGUCAGUGUUUCUUCCACAGACUGCCCACCUGCCCAGCACCUGCUCAUGUGCAUAUUUAUUUUAUCUGAUAACCUGAUGUGCGCACACCUUUUUUCUGAUCCAGACACUGCGAGCCAAAUUAUCAACAGAAAUCUUCUCUAAAUCCUCUCUAAAAUAAAUGCACCUGUGGAUUUAAACCAGUAAAAACGCUAAAUAAAGCAGUAUCUGCAGAGGUUUCUUUCUCUCCAAAACAAAUGGACCCACCAAUGUAAACAGGUAAAAACACUGAAUGAAGCUGUUUCAAGUUUAAAAAAUAAGCGAUUUCCUGACACUGCUCGACACUAAGGGGCCGCAAACUAUGGUGGCCAAUGCGAGAACAUGAAGGGCCCUACAGAGUCAGUGUUUGGUUUGUCCAUUCUGGGCUACUGUAGAAACAUGGCAGUGCAACAUGGUCU